GGCUGAUUGGGUGGAGCUGACCGACCGGACCAACCAGCGCGAUUGAGUCUGGAGCUUCCACCUUCUGGUAUUUGCUAGAGCUUGCUUCGCAUUCCGCGUCACGCCCCGUACCGCCGCGCCAGCUCAAGUCAGACAUGUCAGAUUCAGAACCAUCGGGUCGUCCUACGGAUGCCUCCAUAUCGCGCGCGCUUCAAGGCGUCGUAAAGGCCCUCUUCGAUGAGGGUAAAGUGGAGGAACUAACAGUCAAACGCGUCCGGACGCGCGCCGAGGCCGAUUUGGGAUUGUCCGCAGGAUUCUUCAAGGACGACCAGAAGUGGAAGCAGAAAAGUCAUGAUAUAAUCCAUGCAGCCGUGAGUAAAUUCGACGAGCAAAGUCCCGAACCAGCUCCUACCCCCAAGAAGGCCGCGAAACCCAAAGCCAAACCUGCGCCGGCGCCCAAAAAGUCCAAGCCAUCCACCGAAUCUCCGAGAGGUGUCAAGAGAAAGGCAGCAGCGCCUGUGAAGAAGGUUGUGAAGAAGAAAAAGACGGUGGUGUCAGACGACGAAUCUGAAGAGGCGCUUUCAGAAGCUCCCUCGGAUUCAGAGGACACCUCACCCAAGAAGUCAAUUCGGCGCACAAAAGUUGUUGCAGAAGAUUCAGAGGAGGAGGAUGGUAUACCCAAAAGUAAGGCGAAACCAGGAAAACAAGAGGAGAGCGAUGAAGAACCCCCUGUAGCCAAGGAAUCAAACGCCAUACCUGACGAUGUGUCCGAGAGUGAAAUGUCGAGUCUUAUAGACGAAUCUCCCAAGAAGAAGAAGAGCAAGGCACCGGAGAAAAAGGCCGCCAAGGGAUCCAAAGGAAAAGACUCCAAAGCUGCGAAACCACGAGCCAAAGCGGCAAAAGAGGAAGGUCCCGAUGAGGCAGAGAUAAAGAGGCUACAAAGCUGGCUCGUAAAAUGUGGUAUUCGCAAGGUAUGGUCUAAGGAACUGUCGAAGUGCGAUACCAGUCGAGAAAAGAUCAAACAUCUGAAAGCCAUGCUGUCAGAUGCUGGAAUGGAAGGUAAAUACUCCAACGAGAAGGCAGCCAAGAUCAAAGAAGACCGAGAGUUCGCCAAGGAUCUCGAAGAUAUCCAGAUGGGCGAGCAGUCUUGGGGACAAGCAGCAGACUCUGGAACCGGGGGUCGGCCGCGGCGGCGAGCAGCUCAAGCGGCCAAACCCAUCGUCAUACAACGUCAAAUCGACAGCGAUGAUGAUGAUGAUGUUGAAGAUGACCAGGACGAGAGUGAAGACGAUAGCAGCGGUAAUGAUGCGGACAGUGGAAAAGAUGAUAGCGAUGGAUCUGGUGGGUCUGAUUCUGAUAUCGGUGACGAUUCUGACUAGCAAUAAUUCUGUAUCCAUCAUACCCCGCAUACCCAUAGGAGAUAAUCUACCAUAAUACCCAUUGCUUCUGCGAGCAGAUUCAUCAGUAAGAUGUUUCGAGGUUCUCGCUUCCGCGGGCAA